AUGGAUGGUGCCUCGAACCGUUUGCAGGCGGACAGAGACUAUUCGUAUCGAGAUGAUCAUUCGUCGGCGCUCUCAGUGAUUUCACAGGCACAGAGAAAUGGCCACCAGGGCGAUCAGGAUGAGGAGGAUGCACAGUCACAGCUAGACAGUCGGCUGGACGGCCUGUCCGUCUACGAUGAUACGCAGACCGAGUCGGGAGAACCGGCUGACUUGCUCGAUGACGGAGCACAUUCACACGCCAAUGGAAAGCACAACGGCAGAGACGAUGCUGAUUUUGCAGACGGCAUCCUCGACGAUCUCUCGAGGGAUCUGCCUCCUCAUGCAUGCUCCUACUGUGGCAUCCAUAAUGCUGCUUGUGUGAUCGAGUGCCUCACUUGCCACCGCUGGUUCUGCAACUCUCGCGGCUCCACCUCGGGCUCACACAUUGUCAAUCAUCUCGUUCGUGCCAAGCACAAGGAAGUCAAACUCCACCAGGAUGGUCCUCUUGGCGACACCGUGCCCGAAUGUUACAACUGUGGCGCAAAGAACGUCUUCAUUCUUGGCUUCAUACCCGCCAAAUCAGACACCGUCGUCGUGCUCCUGUGCAGACAACCUUGCGCGGCGGUACAGACGUCCAAGGACAUCAUCUGGGAUACAGCUCAGUGGUCACCCCUCAUCGAAGACCGCAGCUUCCUGUCCUGGCUCGUCAAGGUUCCAACAGAGCAAGAGCAGCUGCGUGCUCGCCAGAUCACCUUUCAGCAGAUCAACAAACUCGAGGAGCUCUGGAAAGACAAUGCAGCUGCUACCGUCGAGGAUCUCGAGAAGCCAGGCAUUGACGACGAGCCUCAGCCCAUCUUGCUCAAGUACGAAGAUGCGUACCAGUAUCAGAACAUAUUCGGUCCUCUCGUCAAGAUCGAAGCAGACUACGACAAGAAGCUCAAGGAAGCUCAAACGCAGGACGAUCUCAUCGUCAGAUGGGAUAUGGGUCUCAAUCAGAAGCGCGUGGCCUGGUUCCGUUUGCCCAAGCUAGAAUCGGGCGAGGUCAGACUCGCUGUCGGCGACGAGCUCAAGCUGCGAUACGACGGCACACUCCACAAGCAUUGGGAUGGCCUUGGCCACGUCAUCAAAGUACCCAACAAUAUCUCGGACGAAGUUGCUCUGGAGCUCCGCAAGAACGAUGGCGUACCUCACGAUUGCACUCACAACUUCUCUGCCGAUUUCAUCUGGAAAUCUACCAGCUUCGAUCGCAUGCAAUUGGCCAUGAAGACCUUUGCCGUCGACGAGCAGUCUGUCAGCGGCUACAUCUACCACAAGCUCAUGGGUCACGAGGCCGCUGUACCCACCGUCUUGCGCACGCCUAUGCCCAAAAGAGUCUCUGCGCCCAAUCUGCCAGAUCUCAAUCAUUCCCAAGUCUAUGCUGUCAAGAGCGUGCUCCAGAAGCCUCUCAGUCUCAUCCAGGGACCGCCCGGAACGGGCAAGACGGUCACUUCAGCUUCGAUCGUCUACCACCUGGCAACGAUGAGCCAGGGCCAAGUGCUCGUCACUGCACCCUCGAACGUUGCAGUCGAUCAGCUGACUGAGAAGAUCCACACAACUGGUUUGAAGGUCGUCAGAAUCACUGCCAAGUCUCGAGAAGCGCUCGAGUCGUCCAUCAGUCAUCUGACGCUUCACGAGCAAGUCGCCAACAACGAUACGCAUGUUGAGCUCCAGAAGCUCAUCCAGCUCAAGACGGAGCAAGGCGAGUUGAGCAGCAGUGACGAACGCAAAUUCAAGAGCCUCACCAGAGCAUGCGAGCGAGAGAUUCUUACCAAUGCCGAUGUCAUCUGCUGCACCUGCGUUGGCUGUGGCGAUCCUCGCUUGUCAAAGAUCAAGUUCCGCACAGUGCUCAUCGAUGAAGCGACGCAAGCUACCGAGCCAGAGUGCAUGAUUCCCCUGACCUUUGGCGUCAAGCAGCUCGUUAUGGUCGGCGAUCAUUCCCAGCUCGGUCCGACGAUCAUGAGCAAGAAAGCUGCCCGCGCUGGCUUGACGCAAUCGCUAUUCGAGCGUCUCGUUCUGCUUGGUAAUAGGCCCAUCCGCUUACAGGUCCAGUAUCGCAUGCACCCGUGCUUAUCGGAAUUCCCUUCCAACAUGUUCUACGAAGGAUCACUACAGAAUGGAGUCACUGCUCCCGAACGUAUCAAGAAGAAUGUCGACUUCCCAUGGCCACAGCCUACAACGCCGAUGUACUUCCAUCAGAACCUCGGUCAGGAAGAGAUCUCAUCAAGCGGUACAUCCUUCCUCAAUCGUACAGAGGCAGCCAACGUCGAGAAAGUCGUCACACGACUGUUCAAAUCGGGCGUCAUGCCUCAUCAAAUUGGCAUCGUCACGCCCUAUGAGGGACAGCGAGCUUACAUUGCCAAUUACAUGCUGUUCAACGGCUCGCUCAAGAAGGAGCUUUACAAGGACAUUGAAGUUGCCAGUGUCGAUGCGUUCCAAGGCCGAGAGAAGGACUACAUCUUACUCAGCUGCGUCAGAAGCAAUGAACACCAGGGCAUCGGCUUCUUGAACGAUCCUCGACGACUCAACGUCGCUCUGACCCGUGCAAAGUAUGGUCUUGUCAUCCUGGGCAAUCCCAAAGUACUCAGCAAACAUGCGCUCUGGCACUACUUGCUUACACACUACAAAGAAAAGGGUUGCCUCGUCGAAGGGCCGCUAAGCAACCUGCAGCCGAGUCUCAUCCAGCUGUCGAAGCCGCGUCGCCCUUACAAUCGCUCCGAGACGGCCAAUCGGUUUGAGGCUACCAUACAAGAUGCAGCUCAUGACAACCUCCCAGAAGCUGUGAGAGGCAAUACGCCUGCUCGCUUCGAGCCGGGCUUCUUUGCCAAUCACGACCGGGCCGGCUACAUCCCAUCUGACGUCCAAUCUCUUCGAAGCCAAGCCACCUAUUCCUCUGGCCUACCCUCAUUCUCCUCGAGGCGCAGCUACGCUUCGUCGACAAUCUCUCAAGACCUUGCAAGCCAAGACGCCAAUAGCAUCAAAGACGAUGAUGAUGAGAACGAAGGCGCUUUCGAUGAGCGCAGAUGUGCUCAAUGCGCCCUAGCGGCGCCAGGCAGAGCACGAUGGAGCGAAGCGUUCUACGCUCGCUCGGUGCUGGUCAGGCAGCCUGAUGUCUGUCAACGCUACUAG